GUUGGACUCGUUUUGGAUUUGGCAGCAUCCCCUCGCCGCGUUUGCCUGCGUUCGCCACGCCAUGGAGCUGUGGUACCCAGCGCCGAGUAGUCAAAGUUUGGACCUCCCCACGCUUUCCUGGGCACCCAGGAGAAGCCCAGGAGGCUCACCACACUUUGCAGGCCGAGCUAGCACCGUCGCAUCGGCACAGGUGCGCACCGGUCUCGACCCACGUGCGCGUGCCGCCACGUCGUGUGCUGCUGGCGUGCUGGUGCUGCUGGCCUUGAGGGCCUCUCGCGGACGACAGGUCGCUCGGCAUGCUGGUUUCGCUCAACAGCCAAGGCUGCCGCGGCACCGCUGGGACCCGGAGGAGACGGAGGGCAACACCAUGGGCAAGAACUUCUUUCUCUCCACCGUCUUCUUGCUGAGUUCGGGGGCCAACAAGGUGCUCCUGCGAAUCCUGCUGGUCCUUGUCUCCAAGUACGCCUUUUUGCUAGGUGUGGUGACCAACUGUGUAUACAUCAGCGUCUUCUACCUCCAGUUUAGAUUGUCACUCGCGGCAGCGGGAGCCUCGGAUGACGAGAGCCGGGCCGACUCCUUCCGCUUCGCGUUGAACGGCCGCGGCCUGCGGCUGUUGGCAGGCGCUGGCACCUGCGAAGCGGUGGCCUUCGUGCUACUGCCCUUGUUCGCCUCCAUGUUGCCGGGUUCGCUCCUCCCUGUCAUGUCCCAGGGCUUGUUGAUCUUCAGCAUGAUCUUCAGUUUUCUGUUUCUGGGACGGCGUUAUGAUCUCCUCCAGGUCAUGGGCGUGGUGGUGGUGGCCACUGGCGUGGGCAUUUGUACCUGGCCGAAUCUCACGGGCGACGGAUUCACGGUGUAUCGAGGAAAGAUCUUCGAAUCCCUGGGCCUCUUCAUGUCCUACGGUUUCAUCUCCAUGUCGUUGGUUCUCAAGGAGUUGGCUUUUGUCCGCUUUAAGAAGUGGCGCAAGGAGAACGGGCAUAAGAAGGGCGAGUUGAACCUGGAGAUGGUGAACUUCGCCACAGCGUUGUGGCAGGGGUGGGCCUUGAUGUUGCUUUGGCCCGUGAACUUCGCUGUGCUGACCAAACUGGACACGGCUACCUACUUCGGCAGCGCCUUCCAUGCUUUCAAACUGGCUGGGCCUUGGCUACUGGCAUACAUUGCGGUGAACCUCGUCUACACCGAGGUCACCACUCUGGUGUUGAAAGAGCUGUCGGCUGUUAUCUUUCUGCUUGUCAAUGUCCUGAAUGUACCUUUGGUUUCAUUGUUCUUCUGCUUCAAGCUGCCCUUAUUGGGCGCGGCGCCUUUCCGCUGGAGCUUUGUGGCAGGGUUGGUGGUCAUCAUUGGAGGACUGCUGACGUAUAAUCAUAAGACCUUGAAGAUGUCGAGGGCGACGAAGGCCAACUAGUUUCAUACAAAUCGCAACG